UUCCUUUUUGGUUUUUAAUGGCAAAAAGGACUUUUGGUGAAGAAUUAGACUCAUAUUCUGAAUACAAGGAAGAGGACAAUUAUAAUCUUUUAUUACCAAAAGCCGCCGAACUCGCCUUCGAAGAUAAUACAGCAAAUUUAGAGAAGACAAGCUGUGACGAUGAGUGUAGCCAAUUUUUUGAACGUGAUUUUGCAAGAAUUGCGCCUGUGUGCGACUCUGCCGAUCGACCGAUAUGGCUUUCUCCUGAUGGCAAAAUUUAUGUUGAAACCUUUUCGCCUCUUUAUAAAUCAGCGAAAGAUUUUCUUAUAGCUAUCGCUGAACCGGUGUGCCGCCCUACUUUUAUACAUGAAUACAAGUUAACGCCGUAUUCGUUGUAUGCUGCGGCGAGUAUUGGCCUUGAGACGGACGAUAUUCUAAAGUAUUUAGAACAGCUUUCCAAAAUUCCAAUAUCCGAUCGAGUCAAGACGCUCAUCCGCUCCGUCACUGACACGUACGGAAAAGUACGACUGGUGCUGAAGGGCAAGCGCUAUUAUAUCGAGAGUUCCUACGUGCGUGAACUACAGCGGUUGCUACGUGAACCCGUCAUUAUUGAUGCCAGAGUCGUGCAUUCCACAGAGCCAGAAAAAUUGGCUUUUGAGGAAUUGAACAAAUUAGAUUGCGAUCAAAAUAUUAAAGUCAGGCCUGCUGUGGAGAAUUCGAAAGCUCAGGUGCCUUUAAGGACAGUCCUUACUGAAGAUGAUGCUCUUGAAGAGGAAAACGAACAGCUUUUUUCUUUUGAAAUUUUAAAAGAGAAGCUUGCAAUUGUUAAACAAAAGUGUAUUGAAAUCGACAUUCCUCUUGUCGAGGAGUACGAUUUUAAGAACGACUUCAACACGCCAAGUCUUUCUUUAGAUCUAAAGCCGACGACUGUUCUACGACCGUAUCAAGAAGCGAGUUUGGCUAAGCUUUUCGGCAAUGGCAGAAGCCGCAGUGGGAUAAUAGUACUCCCAUGUGGGGCAGGAAAGACUCUCACUGGCGUCACCGUGGCUUGCACCAUUAAAAAGAGCACGCUCGUCUUGUGCACCUCUGCAGUGGCUGUGGAUCAGUGGGCCAGCCAGUUUCUUCUGUGGUCCCGUGUUAACCCGAACAAAGUCAUUAAGUUUAUUUCAGGCGACCGCACUCAGGACCUGCCUUUUCCUUCUGUAUGCAUAACGACUUAUCACAUGCUCGCUAAGCAAGGUGCCAUCUCUUACGAACGACUGAAAAUGAUGAAUUUUAUAAGCAGCAACCAGUGGGGGCUUCUUAUCAUGGACGAAGUGCACGUGGUACCCGCUGCGAUGUUUCGGAAGGCCAUGGAACGCAUAUCUUGUCACUGUAAGGUGGGCCUUACCGCUACGCUUGUGCGUGAAGAUGAAAAAACUACUGAUCUAAAUUACUUGAUUGGCCCUAAGUUAUAUGAGGCCAACUGGUUGGAGCUGCAAAACAGCGGCUACAUCGCUAAAGUCCAGUGCUCGGAGGUUUGGUGCCCCAUGAGUCCCUGCUUUUUUGAUGAGUAUUUGAAUCUCGCUAACAAGGAAAAACGCCUUUUACUUUGGACAAUGAAUCCUAACAAGUAUCGCGCUUGUGAGAUUCUCAUUAAACGUCACGAGCGUCUUGGCCACAAAAUAAUUGUUUUUAGCGACUGUGUUUUCGCGUUGGAACACUACGCUAAAACUUUUAAAGCUCCUUACAUCUACGGAAAAACAUCGCAGCGAGACAGAAAGCACAUCCUAGACAGAUUUAUGACGCAACAGAACAUCAGCACCCUUUUUUUAUCAAAAAUUGGCGAUAACUCUAUCGACUUGCCAGAUGCCAACGUACUAAUACAAAUUUCCUCGCACUUCGGAGCACGUCGUCAGGAAGCACAGCGCUUGGGAAGAAUCUUGCGGAAAGGUAGAAAGAAGACGUGCGAAUUCAGUGAAUAUAACGCUUUUUUCUAUGAUAUUGUCUCAUGCGACACACGCGAAAUGUAUUACGCUUCUAAAAGGCAGCAGUUUCUUGUAGAUCAGGGCUAUGCAUUUCAAAUUAUUACAAAAUUGGAAGGGAUGGACGAUCCUGAGUUGUUAUUCUCUUCUGAAGAAGAUCAGUUACGACUGCUUGAAAUUGUCCUGGCAGCCAAGGACGAGGAUGCUCUGGAAGAGCUCGGUGAUAACGAUGACUUUAUUACAGACAGCACAAUCUUUAAGAAAAAAAGUAAACUGUCCAGCUACAGCGGGGCUUCUGGCCAGUACGGUGAAAGGAAAAGCGGUGGAACUUCCCUGCUGAAAAGGCUUCAACGAAAAUACAAGCCUUAACGGCUUCGGAUUUUAAUUUUUUAUGUGUAGUAAUUUAUGAGUCGCUAUGGCGGCCAAAUAAUAAAGUUAAUAAGUUUAUUAA